AUGCUUCCUCCUUCUCCUGAUUCUGAUCACCCUGCCGUCGAUACGUCUGAUGAGUAUGAGUAUUCUGAGGGCAGCGAUGGCACUGUGAAUGAGCUUAAAGGAUGGGAAGAGCUAGACUCAACCCCAAAGCUACUGGGGUCAACAAGUUCGCAGUCUGAGCCCAAUGAACGUUCACAAGCCGACCUCAAGCAACGCUGGGAAGGAGGUAUUAGGGUCGAGACAUUCAUUGGAGGGGAAGGAGAAUUGCGGACUGUAUAUGGAUGUCGUUCAGUCGAAGAGGCCGAGAAGUCAAUCAAGGAUUGGCCGAAGCCGGAUAAGAAACGCAUAUACAAUGCCCGUGUCUUUGUCGUUGAGCACGAUGAGAAGACGAACCAGUUCUCGGAGAGCAUGGUCGGCAUUGUCUUUCCCUCAAGGUUUGGGCGCACGCCAAGUGGAUCAAAGCUAUAUGUGUAUCCGCCUGAAGAUCGUGCUGCAGAAGAGGUUGCGUGGCGAGAAUUGCUAGAAUGA